AUGGAAACUGUGCAAUCAUUAUAUAAAAAUCAAUUUUUACGUGAAUAUUUUAAUUCAAGUCAUUUAUAUGUAAGACCAUGGAUACAUGAUCCAAAUGGUUUAUCUCAUCCAUUUGUAUUCGAAUUCGAAUUAAAAUUUUUUGAUAAAACUUAUGCUCAUAAUAUUUAUGCAUGGAUGAAUAAAUGGUGGUGGUUAAGUAUUGUUUAUUCGAUAAUAUACGUUAUUUUAAUUUAUUAUGGUCGAUCAUUAAUGGAAUCUCGUGAACGUUAUCAAGUACGUUUACCAUUAAUAGUAUGGAAUGUAGGUUUAGCUGCAUUUAGUAUAUUUGGUAUGGUACGUUGUCUACCUGAAAUGUUAUAUAGUUUAAGUACACGAGGUUUGGAAUAUACAAUAUGUGAUCGAAGUAAUAUAUAUGGUAUAACUGGUUAUUGGAUAACAAUAUUUUGUAUAUCAAAAGUUCCAGAACUUAUUGAUACAUUAUUUAUUGUAUUAAGAAAACAAAAAUUAAUAUUUCUUCAUUGGUUUCAUCAUGCUACUGUUUUAGUUUAUGCUUGGUACAGCUAUCAUGAUUGGACAGCCAGUGGACGAUGGUUCGUAUUUAUGAAUUAUACAGUUCAUGGUAAGUUUAAAAAACAAACGAAAUAG